GAGGCGGAGGAAGCGCACGGAUCUGGGAGAAGGAAAAGAAGAAAAAGAAAAGGGAAAGACAAAGAGGGAGGGGAGCGGGGAGGAUGUGAAAGGCACCGGGAAGCAGGGAGGAUGUGAGCCGGGCCCGAGUGAGCUGCGUCAUGGCCUCUAACACAACGGACAUCGUCAGGCAGGGAUACGUGAGGAUGAAGAGCAGGAAACUGGGGGUGUGUGACGGACGAGGCACCCCAAUAUUGCAUGCAGAGUACCCUGAUUUAUCGCCGUUGCUGGCUGGUAUUGAGGAAAUCUUCUAGCAAAGGUCCGUGGCGGCUUGAAAAAUACCCUGAUGAAAGGUCUGUGCUUCUGAAAGCUUCCCCAAAGGUAACUGAGAUCAGUAAUGUGAAGUGCAUCAUGCGACUCCCAAAGGAGACCAAGAGGCAAGCAGUUGCCAUAAUAUUUUGUGAUGACUUGGCUCGUACAUUCACAUGUGACUCAGAGCUGGAAGCAGAAGAGUGGUAUAAGGUUCUGUCUAUGGAAUGCCCAGGAGCUAGAGUGACCGAUUACAACCUAGGGGAGCCUGAUUUACUGACGCCAGGUGUACAGAGUGAACAGACAGAGCGAUUUAGUGUCUUUUUAUUGCCCUCCUCAAACCUGGAUGUGUAUGGAGAAUGCAAGAUGCAAAUUACCCAGGAAAAUCUCUACCUCUGGGACCCACACAACCCUCGCACCAAACUGCUGUCCUGGCCUCUCUGUGCUCUGCGGCGAUAUGGAAGUGAUUCCUCACGGUUUACUUUUGAGGCAGAACGGGUGUGUGGAAUCAGUGAGGGCCUGUACACAUUCCAGACUCUGGAAGGACAGCAGAUCUAUGAGCGAGUGCACAAGUCUGUCCAGGCGUUGGCUGAUCAGCACAAGAACCUUCUCCUUGAGAUGGAAAAAAACUCCCGUCGUCUAAACAAGGAUGCAGAGAACAUCAGCUACCCAUCUCCCACCACAUCCAUGCUGCCCCGUAGCGCAUACUGGCACCAUAUUACCAGUGGCCAGAACAAUGCAGAGUCUUCCAGCAACAUCCGUGUACCAAGUGGCAGAGAAUCAGAUCCCAUCACCAGACGGAUGUGUGAUCGGAAGACUUCAGCAUGUGAAAGGAAGCUCCCCACUUCAGCCUCUCAGUGACAGUCUUGUCUUUACCCAGCCUAAUCCAAACCUAAAGGGCACUGAAGGCUUAGUGAACAAAAAGGUAUUAUGUGACGCUGUACCUGUACUACUAAGGAAUUGGCCUACAUGCCCUUAUUGGCUUCUUAGGAAGUAGGAGCCUGAAAGACAUUCUGUGUGUCUGGUCUUUCUUAGAAAGAAGUCACUAAUGGAAAUUGCUCUGAGGUUUUCUACCAAGGAAGGACUGCAGUAUGUGUAUGUCUGCACAAUAGAAACAAGUGCUCUGAAAUGACCCCAUGUAGCACCACCACUUCCUGACCAGAUGAUAAGGAGAGCAUGUAAGACAGGAAAGUGCAGGGGAUGGAAGUAUAAUUUCUGUAAAAAAGCUAAUUUUGCACUUAAAAAAAAAUAACAACCAAAAGAAUUGCACUGUGUCAACAUUCAUUGUUUGUUAUGUAAUAUGGUGUUACUUGCAAAAAAGAAUGAUUCAAUGCUUAGAACAAAAAAGGGUGAAAGGUUUUAUUUACCUGUAUAAAAAAAUGACAUAGGACUAAGACUCAGUUAAUGGUGAGGACAUCACUCUGGAUUUCAUGGCUGAGCUGGAUUUGGAGAUCACUGAGGCCUGAGAGAGCAGACAGAAGAAUAGUCUUGGGCCUAAGGGAUCCGCACGACUCCACGUUAUAAUAAAACCUGGUGGGGAAAGAAGGUAUUGAAAACUGGCAAUAACCAUAAUGGAAGAAUAUCUUUUUACUUAAUUUACAGCAGACUCAAACUCAUAUUUAUCGAAAAUUAUAUAUGUAGGAGAGACUUGUAGGGCAGAUGCAUAGAAUAUGUUUUCCACAUACAUCAAUAAACUGGGCAAUCAUGCACUACAUCAGUCAUAAGGCCAAAAACACCCGAUAUAUAUUUUACUAAAGAUAAGUUCUUAACUUAGCAUCUGUAUAUAUAUUCUCUGCUUGUUUAUUAGAGACACCUAAGUUGCUCUUGUUCCUGGAGUCAGUGCCAAAGCCAUACAGGGCUGCAUGAUUGGGCAAUGGAACACUGCAACUUACCUUCAGCAGAAUUGACUUAACCUUUGGUAUCACCAGUAAAUCUACAGAAGAGACAUUAAACGGACGAUUUGGCACUUGCAGGAUUUAAGUCAGUUGCCCUGUGGAAGAAAUAUGCUGAGUUAGCAAGGGCUAACAAACAGGCAGAUGUCUGAAGUAAAUGUCGUGGAGAUCCCCAUAUGUAAAACACAUGCUUGAACUCAAAUUAAAAGAUAAAAACACA